UGCCCGAAUACAUCAUGGCGCGAAGAUGGAACUCUCGUCUUUUUCUUCUGACAGUCUUUUUAGCUGUGUUGGUACUCACGGUGUUAGGCUAUAAGGAAGCUUGUAUAGCGAACAGUCCUCGGUCAUCAUACGUUAACAUCGUUCCAGUGACCGAAGCGGCCUACAAUGCGUCCUUCGGGGUUGGUACCGUGCAAGCCAAAAACCCAGGCCACUGUGGUUUGUUUUGUCUUCAGAAUCGUGCCUGCGUCACUGCGUUAUUUAACAGAAAAUCUGGGGACUGCAACUUGAUGUUGGAAACGCUGCACGAUAUGUUGUUUAGGGAAAGUUCUGUUAUGUCAGCCGCAAACGCCACUGACUGGUUCCUGGUCAAUAUAAGGAACACGGGAGAUGAGUCCCCAAAGCAACCUGUGGAUUCCGAACCCUGUGACAGUGACAGGUGCUCCACCGGGAAGUGCCGGGCGACGUGCGAUGGGCAGGAGGCACACUGCGUUGGUGAUAAUUCCCAAUGUCCAGAGCAUCCAGUUGAUAACUUGCGCUACUAUCAUUUGGGUGUUCUUAACCUCAACUAUGAUUCACCAGGGAAGGGAAUUGUGGCGAAUAUAAGCUACACCAAGAAGCACUCCUUUACUGCCCUGAGAGUGCAAUGGUCUGGAAGCUUACGUGGCCCUUACAAUACUGCAGGAGGUUGUGUAAGAUGGUACUUCAAGUUCAACAAUAUGGAAUGUGGUAAUCCAGACACUAUUGAGUACAUGCACCAUGACAACGCUGCCACUGAUUUGCAUAGACGAGGACACAUGGAUGGCAUGUGUGAGGGAAUCCCUGAAGGUGUUGUAAACAUCCAAAUGCACCAGGGAAAUUGUUUUGGCUUUCCCCUUUCCACUGGCUAUGUAGGACACCAUGACGAGUCUUUUAUCAUGGUGCAGGAAGUGGACACCAGAUACAGCUCAGCUUCACGUACCUUUGACCUCCCAAAUCAAUCUCCAAAAUUCACCACCCUGUAUUUCCCAGGAUCCAGUGCAUCUCAUUAUGCUACAAUAGCUGUCACUCUUCCGGACUUGAAUGAGGUCACAGUAUGCUAUUGGCAGAAAAUGUCCAGCUAUGCACAGACAGCUAUGGCAACUUUCUCCUAUGCCAGUAGUGCAGUAUUUAAUGCAUUCACGAUAUGGAUUCAAUCAUCUGGCACUAUUCUUCUGUCUGUGUUAAACACAGAUUCUGAGGUCAAUUGGAACUCACUGACUGACAACAUGUGGCACCAGGUGUGUGGCAUGUGGCGUAGCAGUGAUGGUUACUGGGCGGUCUAUGUGGACAGUAGAGAAGCUGGAAGUGGGACUGGACUUCAAACUGGACAGACAAUUGCUGGAGGGGGGAUGAUUAUACUGGGGCAGGACCAGGACAGCUUAGGAGGAGGUUUUGCUGCAACCCAGUCUUUCACGGGGUACAUGACACGUAUCAAUAUCUGGGAUGUUGUUCUACAACCACAUGGAAUGGGCCAGUGUUACAGUAGCACCUAUGGAAAUGUCUUUGCAUUUGAUGGAGCAAAUGACAUUUUUCUUGCUGGAAGUGUAUCUACAUCAGCUGAUCAGGACAUCUGUCUUGAUCAGAUGAUUCCAACUUGGGGAGGAAACUCUGGAGGAGCAGCCUGUUUUUGGCCAUUUACAUACAAAGGUCAGCCUCAGAAUUUGUGCCUAGUGGAUGAGGAAGGCAGGAGCAGACCUUGGUGUGGAACAACUGCUGACUAUGACGCUGAUGGACUUUGGGGCUACUGUACAGUUGCUGGACAUGGCAAGGGGCAUAAUACAGAUGUUAUUUACACCUAUGGUGGUAGUGCUAAUGGACAAAUUUGCCAGUUCCCUUUCGUAUAUGGGGGUAUAACUUACACAGCCUGUACUGCACAUGGUAAUAGCUAUGCACAUCCCUGGUGCUAUGCAGCAGAUGGAACUUGGGGAUAUUGCAUAACUUCUGAACCCAUGUAUGCCUUGAGGACAGGCUCAGACUGUGGGGGCAAUGACAUCAUCUCUUUUUCCUUGAACAAUUACCAAGAGUGUCUGGAUGCCUGUAGCCUUCGUCCAGACUGUUUGGCCAUAGCAUACAGACCGAGUGACCAUUAUUGUUGGCUUAAAUACAAGUCUUGCGUCAGCCCAUCCUCCAGUAGUGACCGCUGGAUGCUGGAAAAGUUUAUCAGAGAUCCAAUCAGGAAGACAUUUGGUGGGAAUUCUGAGGGGAUGGCAUGUGUCCUGCCAUUCAUCUAUCAGGACACUGUGUACCAUUCUUGUAUCACUGUGAACCAUAACCAGCCAUGGUGUGCCACCACAACCAAUUAUGAUUUAGAUGGAAGAUGGGGAAAUUGCCUAGUGCUGACAUCCUCCUAUGGAGAGUGGAAAGAGGCUGACUGUAGCGGUAAUGAUAUUGGCACUGUACAUUAUCGUUUGGUUUCUGGAGUGGACGAGUGUGAAAGUCAAUGCCGACUCACAGGAGAAUGCAGGCUUGCUAUGUAUCAAGCUUACUCAAACAACUGUUGGAGGAAAAAAUUUUCCUGUCCAUCUGGAAGUGGCUGGACAUAUGUGAAGCACUCAGAGCUAGUUAGAACAGGAAAGUAUUAUCUGCGAAGAUAUGGCUCCUGUGCAGGGGGAGACAUUUCAAAUGCAGCUGUAUCAUCUACCUAUGAGGAAUGCAUUUGGACCUGUAAUGCGAUGAAAGAUUGCAAGUCCUUCUACUACGACAAAUCCAACUCCAUGUGCUAUCCAAAGAACAUUCAGUGUGCCAUCAUAGAUACCAGCUGCGGCACUAACUGCUAUGUGGACACCAAAAUAUAUCCAGGGAAAGAUUUCCAUCGCUAUGAGAGCAUUCCACCACGGACAGUCUGGCAAUGGCGUAGUUUGAGCACAAGCAAGUAUGCCAUUUUGUCCAACCAUGCAACUCCAGACUUGACUGAAUUCACUGCAUGUUACUGGGGAAGGAGUGAUUACUACGACAGUUCAACCUGGUUGUCAACUGUCUCAUAUGCCAACUCCCAAACAGACAAUGGCAUUUUAAUAAUGUACAGGGCAGCUUCAGCAGGGAUUAGACUCCACAUAAAUAGCCCUUAUACUGAUAUUGAUACUAUGACCAAUGAUAACAACUGGCACCAUAUCUGUCUGACCUGGAAGAGUGCAAAUGGUGAAUGGGCUCUCUACUCUGAUGGACUGCUGCUUAAAACUUCCACGGGCCUGGCUUCUGGAACAACAAUUGCAGGAGGUGGAACCUGGAUCUUAGGUCAAGAUCAGGAUUGUGUGGGUGGAUGUUUUUCUACAUCACAAGCAUAUGUUGGGUAUCUGACUGGAGUCAAUGUAUGGGAUAAAGUACUAGAUAUUACUGCCAUGGGACAGACAUGUCAGUCUGAACUGAAGGGGAAUGUCCUAUCAUGGCAAGAAAUUCUGGACACAGCAGUGCAACAUAAUAUCCAGUCCCACAAGGAAGAUAUUUGUGGAGAGUUGGCUCUCCCCAGUCCGUGUGGGGCACAUUCAGUGAUUAAUGUCCAGCAGCACACAGUGCACAACCUGAACAAAGGAGACAAUACAGGAGAUGUGGAACUGAUGUUUAUUGACUAUGUUAAACGUGAGGAAGACACGGCAGUACGAGUGAAGUGGGAAGGCACAUUGUGGUUGAAGGGAGAUACAAGUAAAAGAUGGUAUGUCCUUUUUCUUAUAAAUGCAAGGAAAAAUGAUGCAUUUUAUUUGGAAGGUAUUUGUGAGGGAAUCCCAGCAGGCAAAGUCCGCAUCCGUCUGUUGAUUGGUGAAAGUCGCAGCAGUGUAAAUGAGGUGGAAACUGGAGAGGCAAACACAGGAUGGUUGGCUGUUUCCAGGUUUAUGGUGGAAGAAAUACGUAUGGGACAUGAUAUUGAUGCUUUCGAAGGCUCAGAUGGUGUCAUGUACCAAGUGCCUGUAUUUAAUAUCCAGCAGUUUUACUGGGACAUACAAGCUGAUACAACUGAUAAUGGACUCUUAAAGAGCGCAACUUAUAAGAAAAAGUCCUCGUUGAGUACCCUUCGUGUCAAGCUGAUAGGUGACUUUGACACACCUGGAGGUCUUUGUGCCAAGUUCUAUUUCAAGUUUAAUGGCCAAGAGUGUACCAACCCAGCUAGUAUUUUUGUGAGAACAUAUACAAACCCCUUGAUGAGUGAUCUCAGAACUUUUCCAAUUGAAGGCAUCUGUAAGGGUUUACAGUCAGGUGACAUUGUUAUCGACUUGUAUGCAACCAACUCAUGUGCAGAUGUUGGUUUUUCUGGAGGCCCAGAUAUUACAUCUGGUUCCCGUAGCAACACACGUUUGAUCGUGGAGGAGCUCCACCUGUCAGAAUGACGAUUUCCAAUAUUGUAAGAAAAACAUUUCAAGCAAGGAUUUAAACAACCAACAGAAAGUGAAAUGUCUAAGCUGUAUUGAUAAACAUGUGAUAGAACCAAUUUUGAAUUAUGUAUAUUUCAUCAGUCCAAGCCUAGUUUCAUAAAUCUACUCAAAAUAGUUAGGGAGAAACUUUCUGACCAGGUACUGGUAACUUUCUAAAGAAAGCUAACUCAUAGCCUUCUGAGAGUGUUUUCAAAUAUUUCAACUACAGAUUUUUUUUUGGAUUGGCUAUGUUAUACCUGUACGCAGAUGAUGUUGAAGUUAUUUC